UAAAUUUUCCUACUUCAAUUUCCAGCAGGGCCAACACAACCAAAAGAAAUCACAACAACGCGAUCUCCAGGGCGACGAAUCCUCGAUAGGCCGGCGCGUACCCGCUGCAACCGCGUCUCUGCCCGUCCGUCCCCAUCUGCGACGCGAGUGCCCGUAGAGCAGCAGAGUUCUGCUCCCGUCGUCAUCGCAACAUCGCAGCAGUAGCAGCAAUAGCAGCGGCAGCAGAAGCAGAAGCAGCAGCACCAGCAGCAUGGCCCAAUCCCAUCGCGAUAGGGACCGCGGCGGCUCUGGACCGUUGCCGAACCGCUGGCUUUACUGUCCGCGCAAGAGCGACAGCAUCAUCGCUGAGCGUUUCCUUGCCUUCAAGACGCCACUGAGUCAGAGCUUCCAGGACAAAAUGCCCAUCGAGUGCACCUUCCGUCCGGAGAUGCUCUUCGACUACUGCAAGACACUCAAGUUGAAACUGGGUCUUUGGGUAGAUCUGACCAACACGAAGCGCUUUUAUGACCGUUCCACGGUGGAGGAGCGCGGCGUCCAAUACAUUAAGCUGCAAUGCCGUGGACACGGCGAAACGCCGUCACCAGAGCAAACGCACAGCUUUAUCGAGAUUGUGGAUAACUUUAUUAAUGAGCGUCCAUUCGAUGUCAUCGCCGUUCACUGCACUCACGGCUUCAAUCGUACAGGCUUCCUGAUUGUCUCCUAUAUGGUGGAACGUCUCGACUGCUCCGUGGAGGCGGCACUGUCUGUCUUCGCCUCCGCUCGGCCACCGGGCAUCUACAAGCAGGACUAUAUUAAUGAGCUAUACAAGCGCUAUGACGAUGAAGAGGAUGCACCGGCGGCCCCAGAGCAACCCAACUGGUGUUUGGAUUACGAUGAUAGCAAUGGUGAUGGCUCGGCACCAGUUGAGAGUCGAAAGCGUCACUCAUCCACAUCACAGCAGGCAGAGGAUGUGGAGGAGGAGACUGAAGAAGUCGAAGGCGAAGAGGCCGACGGUGACGGUGAUGCGUCCACAUCGGACGGACAGCCGCGAAAGAAGCGACGCCGCGAGAUGGUCGUUAGGAAUGCCACAUUCAUGGCCGGAGUGCCAGGCGUACGUCAGGUUAGCGACCAACCGCGUCUUUCCGAUCUGCAGCGCAAGGUGCAGGACUGGUGCCAUUGGAACAAGAACGGUUUCCCGGGCUCCCAGCCCGUGUCAAUGGAUAGGAACAAUAUUAAGCGCCUCAGUGAGAUACCCUAUCGGGUGUCAUGGAAGGCGGAUGGCACACGCUACAUGAUGCUCAUCGAUGGCCGUGACGAGGUCUACUUCUUUGAUCGCAAUCACUCCUGUUUCCAAGUGGAGAACGUUGUCUUUUUGAACGGCAAGAACCUAACUGAGCACCUCGACGGCACACUUCUCGAUGGGGAGAUGGUGCUGGACAAGAUCGGCGAGACAGUUACGCCGCGCUACCUCGUUUAUGACAUUGUCCGUCUCUCACAUCGUGACGUGCGGGAUGAGCCGUUCUUUCCCAAUCGCUUGGACUACAUCAAGAAGGAUGUGAUAGCUCCACGAAUCCUGGGCAUGAAGCAUGGCAUCGUCAAUCAGCGUACGCAGGCGUUCAGUGUGCGUGGAAAGGAUUUCUGGGAUAUUUGGAUGUCUGCCCGCCUGCUGGGCGAAAAGUUCUCACGCACUCUGGCCCAUGAGCCGGAUGGCCUGAUCUUUCAGCCAUCCCAGCAGCCAUACACGGCCGGCGUUUGCUCCGAUGUGUUUAAAUGGAAGCCGCAUGAGCUUAACUCGGUCGACUUUCGCCUCAAGAUCAUAACGGAGCGUGGCGAGGGCCUGCUCACCAAGAAGGUGGGCUUCCUGUAUGUGGGCGGUCACGACGCCCCUUUCGGCCGCAUGCAAAAGCUGACAAAGGAGAUUCGUGACCUGGACAACAAGAUUGUGGAGUGUACUUUGAAUCAAUUCGGUAACUGGGAGUUUAUGCGGGAGCGAACAGAUAAGAAGCAUCCCAAUAGCUACAAUACAUGCCGCGCCGUUGUGGAGAGCAUAAGAAAUCCCAUUACCAAGGAAUACCUAUUAAACUAUAUCGCAAACUGCGGUUUUCGUGAUGACCAAGCCAUGAUGCCACCGCCACAUAAUGCCCAUCCACAUGGCCAUGGUCAUGGCCAUGGUCAUGCCCAAGGCCAUGGCCAUCAUGGCGGAGCGCCAGACCAACGACCACAACGUCCCCACUAAGCAAAUAGCAGCUGCUUUUUACACCUCAUCUCACCAAUCACUAUUUCACCAUUGAAACGCGCUCCCCCCUCAAAGACGACACUAGAAAAUUAAACACAACCGCUAAUAAAUAUAAUUCAAAAAGAGACAAUUGCACACAAGAUGUGUUGCCGAAAAGAAAAGUGCGUGUUCAUUGUGUUUCUCUUGAAUUUUAUGGAGUUUUACACAGCAUCAACUCUUGGGAUUCGCAACAACGACGGAUUAGAUGUUCUAAAGAGCAA